GUGUUCAGUACUCGCCAAUGCAGCAUUGUAGUCUGAUCAGUGCAAAUCAUUCUUGGGUUCUGCUCAUAUCUUCAGAGUCCUGUGAAUUUGCUUCUACUACGUUCACUUUGCGGUCCUCUUUAAAUCUUCCAAGCGCCUCAUCUGAGAAGUCUGAGGCUCUUCCGCAUUUUCUCGCGCCCGUCCUUCUGGUUCCGGGCUUCUGUUUGUGUCUGGUCUACCUAUCGUUUGCGGCACUCACCGGAACGAAAUGGAGGCCUACCGUGUCCGUCCCGUUCAGGCGGUUGGUGUCUGUGCUCGCCAACCGCUUGCAACAGCUAACCCUCGUGUCUGCCGCCAGCCGGGUCCACCGGCUGGCAAUUUUCUCUACUCAGACUUUCUGCCACCCCGGUGGAUUCCGUCUGUUGGAGUUUCCGGUGCCCGCGCGCCCUCGCGGUGCACCCCCGUUCUGCUGGCGCAGCACGGCGCUUCUCCGCGCUGCGCACAGUCUCGUGCUUCGGCACAACCUCUCUUGUGUCCGUCCAGUGACGGGAGAGUCACUGUCUUUCCGUCUCGAGGCAACUCGCUUCUGGGACGUCCUGGAGUGCCUUCCGCGUCUGCAGCGCCGUGUGGGUUUUUGUCGCGUCCUGCAUACCAGACAGCACCCCCACUGUCAGUUGAAGGACCGGGCCGCGCGGCGGAAGCUUUUGCUUCAAGAGGAAGCAGCCGCGGUCUCCUCGCGACGCCUCCUGGCUACGUGCUCCGUCUUCGCAAGCAGGCCGCCAUCCCUCCCCGUUUGUCGCCGCCAGAGGAAGACCACCAGCGGAGGGUGCCAGAGUUCGGCAGAGAAGAUAGGCCGAAGACGCCAGAGUUCGGCAGAGAAGACAGGCCGAAGACGCCAGAGUUCGGCAGAGAAGACAGGCCGAAGACGCCAGAGUUCGGCAGAGAAGAAAGGCCGAAGACGCCACAGUUCGGAGGCGAGGAGUGGCCGAAGACGCCAGAGUUCGGCGACGAACAAAGCCGACAACGCGCAGCAGGAGAGCUCGACGACGGAGAACGAAGGCGUUCCAUGAGUCUGCGCUUCGGCAGAAAGGGAGGCGUUCUCCAGCCAACGUGUCUGCGUCUCGCAGCGGUCUCCCUUGGAAAGGACGCGCGGCUGUGCCCUUUGGCGAGCAGAGAGGGCCAGCACAAUGAGGAGACGCGUUGUGGAGAGAGUCGAAGCCGUCGUGGACGCGGCCUCUGCCUUCCUGCAAGCCACGGUUCGAGUUCACGGGGAGUGCACCCGGGAGCUCCGUGCGCGAGGCGCCUCGUCGGCGGCGAGGCCAAGGACACGAAGCCAAAGAAAUGCGGCAAGUGCCACCGCCAGUUCAAGGCGAAAGGCGCAAAAGCACCGUUCUGUGUGUGCGCCUUCGCCCAACGGUGGGGACGGGUGGUCUCGUGAGCGGUGGCGGGCGUCGCUCGUGUGUCUCGGCUUCGGUGGGGGAUUCUCUUUCGCUCCAGCACUGUAGCGUUUCGUGUCGUGUCGUUUGCAUGUGGCAUUUGCGUUUGCUGAUUCCGUGUUUUUUCCCACAACUUUAACCCUUUUGC